AUGACGGCGCAGCACAAGCUACUACUGGCGUGGAUUCUUGCAGGCGUGAUCCCGUUCGUUCUCCAGUUCCGGAGCUACUUAAAAUUCGCGACGCCGCAUAAAAUCACUCAGAGGAUCGUAGUACCACCAGGCUUGGAGAAGGUGACGGACAACUUACCCCAGUUCUGCCCUGUUGGUGGCAUGCUCUUGUCCGGGUCGUGGUUCAACAUCCACCCAACUCACUACUUCUCCACCCCACAAGGUCGACUGUGCCACUUCGUCGUACCUCAGUUUAAUGUACACGGGACCUUCCUCAUCCGAAGCAGAACAUCAGAGCCGUACUACACGACGCCAAGCAACUGCGUGAACGAUAGUUUCUCGUAUGACCAGUAUUUCUACCACGGCAGUAUCGGCUUUUACGCGUUUUACGAGGAACAAAAGGGCAGCUACUGUAGCAUCGACAACACGGCGUAUAUCGUUGGCCAGGGGCUCGGAACUUUCGACAUCAAUGGACCAUCAUUAGCCGAAGACACCGGGAGCUACGACUACCGCAAGUCGUACUGGUAUUGCUUCGCAGGCGCGAUUUGGCUUACGUACCGAGUAUUCGUGCUGCGGAGGAGCUUCAUUUCGUGCAUGCGGCACGGUCGAAUGUGUGACGAAAUGAACGAAAGUCUCAACCGAAAAGAAGUGGUUGUAUUCGUGCAAGAACAGCUGCGUCUUGCUGCGCACGGGGCGACAAAUUACCAUCGCGCUGUGGUACUGUAUUUGCUGGUUGAAGGAAUCAUGACCGACUUGUUCCUGCUCAUCGCGAACGACGGAAUUUUAGCAAAGAUUCAGUACGUUUCAAUGGGCUACAAUUUAAGUGCGCUCCUUGUGAUGGUCUUCGAGAUGUUUGAGAGCACUCCUUGGUUGCGCGAGAAGUGGCGCGUGCGGAUCAAGCGACUUCUCUUCAGCUACGAAACUGUGUUUGUCGGCGAAGUAAUCACUGCAGCCCUACAACAGUACUCGCUUACGCUCUUGAAUCGGUCGAAGCUCAAGGAAUCGAGACCAGCAGCACUAGCAGUAUCGUAUUAUGCGUGGAGCUUGGUAGGUCACGGGGUCUUUGUGCUCACUAUCAUAGCACUGGUGAUAUCGGUGCGGACGCUGUGGGCGUUGACGUAUGUCUGGCUGAAUCAGCACACUUGGGCGAUCUUCACCGCCCCAUGCUGCGUCGAUUCUGCCUUGAAAUUACGCAACAAAAUGUUCUCGCUGGGAGGUUAUAGGUUGGAAAACGGCCGACUUUACUACACUACGAGCGCGCUGAAGGCGUUUGGACUGUUGAAAAUGACGGAAGAGGACGGUGCCGAGUUUCUCGUUCUGCGCAAGAUCCAUUGGCUUAAAGUUUGUCGAGACGACCUGAUCGUUGUUGGAAUGAUAUCUAGUCACCGCGUUGAGCCGUGCGCGGAACGUCCUUCCGCUGGUGUCGUUGGCUUUUGUGACAGGAAGUUGGGUGGAGUAGGCGAGAAUAGUGGAAAUCGCCAAGCUUCUUAUAUCCAAGUGAGGAAUAAGCAGGACGUUCCUCUUGGAUCUUAA